UACAAAAUGAUAAUAUUUACAUUGUCAGCUAUUGCUGUAAUAUUGUGUUUUAUUCAUGUGUUAUUGAACUAUAAUAAAAAAGCUCUAAUGCUCAGAAAAAUUCCAGGUCCACCGGAAACAUUUAUUUUAGGAAAUGGACCGGAAAUCGUACUUCCUUCAGCUGAAUUAUUUAAAUUAGCAAGAACAUAUGCAAACAGAUGGGAUGAUAUCUACCGUUAUUGGGCAUUUCCGUACGGAGCUAUAAAUAUAUAUAAUCCAGAGGACAUUGAGACGAUAAUUUCGACCACGAGAUACAAUGAAAAGAGUGCGGUUUACUCGUUUUUGAAGGAUUGGUUGAAAGAAGGCCUACUUGUAAGCCACGGCAAUAAAUGGCAUCAGCGCAGAAAAAUUCUAACGCCUGCAUUCCAUUUUAACAUUCUACGUGAAUUUUGUGUUACAAUAGAAAAAAACAGCCAGUACUUGGUCAAUACACUAGCAAAGGCCUCGGGGGAAAUGGUGGAUAUCAUCCCAAUACUCUCAGAAUAUACUCUCUCCACCAUAUGCGAAACCGCAAUGGGUACACAAUUAAAUGAAAUAUCCACUUCUAAAGGAAAAAGUUAUAAAGAUGCGAUAUAUGAGAUUGGCCGGUUAAUUACUCAUAGAUUUGUUUCCGUGCUACUGUAUGCAGAUUUCAUGUUUAAUUUGUCAUCCUUUGGAAGGAAACAAAAAAAGCUGUUAAAUAUUAUUCAUAACUUCACCGCAGAAAUAAUAAAAGAUAGAGAAGAAUAUAUAAAUAAAAACGGAGUUCAAAGUUACGAUGUUAAUGAUAAUAGUGUAUUUGAAGACGACAUGUUUCUGAACAAGAAAAGAAAGAAAAGAGCUAUGUUAGAUUCAAUUAUUUUAGCAAAGAAAGAUGGGUUAAUAGACGAUGCUGGUAUACAAGAGGAAGUCGAUACAUUUAUGUUUGCAGGCCAUGACACGACCGCCGCUGGAUUAACGUUUUUUAUAAUGUUGCUUGCAAAUAAUCCAACAAUACAGGAUAAAAUAUACAAAGAACUAAAAGAAGUUUUCGGCGGGUCAACGCGGCAUGCUGACAUAGACGAUUUGUCUAAAUUAAAGUAUUUGGAUAACUGCAUCAAAGAGUCGCUCCGUCUGUACCCACCAGCUCAUUUUAUUAGUCGUCAAUUGAAUGAAACUGUCAAAUUAGGCAAUUACACGGUUCCAUCGGGAGUGAUGUGUCAUAUACAUAUAUACGACUUGCACCGACGAGCAGAUUUGUUCCCAAAUCCUUUGGAGUUUGACCCUGACCGUUUUCUGCCGGAGAACAGCAUCGGUCGACAUCCAUAUGCAUACAUACCAUUUAGUGCGGGCCCUAGAAAUUGCAUAGGUCAAAAGUUUGCAAUGAUACAGAUGAAGUCUACAAUUUCCACUUUAUUACGACACUAUGAGUUCUUUCCUGUGACUAAACCCUCAGAUCUACAGUUGAAGAGUGAUAUAGUUUUAAGAAAUUCUGAUCCAGUUUAUGUUAAAUUUGUAAAUCACGUCCGUGUGGAUAAAACACUUAUAAUGUUGACAUUCAUUUUCUGUUUAAUUACACUGUUUUUGCUUAUAAUCGAGCUGGUGAUUAAUCACAAUACAAAGGCGAAGUUAUUAAAAAAAAUACCAGGACCAAAAAAUGUAUUUAUUUUUGGUAAUGCUUUGCGGGUUAUGCUCUCCCCUGUUGAACUAUUUAAAUUAGCAAGAAGAGAUGCAGCGCGAUGGAAUGGAAUUUACAGAUUUUGGGCUUAUCCUCGUUCUGCAGUCAACGUUUAUAACCCUGAAGAUAUCGAGAAAGUAAUUUCUACGACAAAACACAAUGAGAAAAGUACGCUGUAUAGAUUUUUAAGGCCCUGGUUACAGGAAGGGUUACUUCUAAGUAGUGGAUCUAAAUGGUACCAGCGAAGAAAAAUUCUCACACCUACCUUCCAUUUCAAAAUUUUACGUGAUUUUUUCGUGAUAAUGGAAGAAAACGGCGUUCGUUUGACCGACUCUUUGAUGAGUACGGAAGGAAAAGCUAUAGAUAUCGUACCUAUUCUGUCUGAGUUCACACUGAAUUCCAUAUGUGAAACUGCAAUGGGUACUCAACUAUCAGAAGAAACGAAUGCAACUGCAAAAUCUUAUAAGUCCGCCAUAUACGAACUAGGCAAGCUUAUUAUCGGACGAGUCAGCAGAAUUUAUUACCACACAGAUUUUAUAUUUAACUUGUCCGCUACAGGGAAGAGACAAAAUGGAAAUAUAAAAACUGUUCAUAGUUUCACUAAAAAAGUUAUAAGAGAUAGAAAAGAGUAUAUAGAAAUAAAUGGGAUUCAAAAUGUUAAUACAGAAGAUGAUGUGUUUAUGACUAAAAAACUAAAGAAGACAGCAAUGUUAGAUGUCUUGAUUAUGGCACAUAAAGAUCAUCUCAUCGAUGAUAACGGGAUACAGGAGGAAGUUGAUACCUUCAUGUUUGAAGGUCAUGAUACUACUGCCUCUGGUUUAACCUUUUGCUUGCUUUUGCUAGCGAAUAACAAAUGUAUACAGGAUAAAAUAUUCGAAGAACUCAAGGACAUUUUUGAUGGUUCAUCAAGAUCAGCCAAUUUUGAGGACCUGUCUAAAAUGCGCUACUUAGAAUGCUGCAUUAAGGAAUCCAUGCGCUUAUACCCGCCUGUUCCAAUUAUAAGUCGCGCGAUAAAUGGAACUUUAACACUGAGUAAUUAUGAAAUUCCAACGGGAACAUAUUGUAAUAUUCAUAUUUACGAUUUGCAUCGUCGCGCUGACCUCUUCGAGAGUCCAUUAGACUUUAACCCUGAUCGUUUCCUACCAGAUAACUGCAUAGGACGUCAUCCCUACGCUUAUAUACCAUUUAGUGCUGGCCCUAGAAAUUGUAUAGGGCAAAAGUUUGCAAUUAUGGAGAUGAAGGUAGCCCUAUCAGCGAUCAUCCGAAAGUUUGAACUACUGCCAGUGACCCGUCCUUCGGAUCUAGAAAUAAUAGCCGAUUUAGUGUUAAGAAAUUCCAAACCUAUUUAUGUUUCAUUUGUUACAAGAAAUAAAAAUUUGUCCUAAUGUG